AUGAUGGAUUCCCAGAAGAUUGGAAAUGGUUUGCCAGUGAUUGGACAAGAUACUGGUAUAGGGAUAUCUUCACUCCACAUGGUGGGGUAUUUGGGAAAAAAGUGUGAUUCAGCUAAAGUUACAUCAGAUUCAUAUUGUCCCGCCUGUAGAGAGAAAGGAAAGUUAAAAACUUUAAAGUCUUAUCGAAUCAGUUUUCAAGAAUCUAUCUCUUUAUGUGAAGAUCCACAGUGCAUCUAUCCAUUGGGUUUUAAGUCAUUAGAAAACAUUAUAGUAUCUGUUGAUGUGGAAAAUUACCAGCCUCCUCAUAAAAAACCAAAGAGGAAGAUCUUGAAAAGCAGCAGUGUUGUUUCAUCUUUGGAACUAGAUUCAAAAGAAAAUGGAAAUAGCACUUUGUUUGAUGGUGAAUGUAUUGUGAAGAGUGAGCUUGCUCACAGACCAGAUGAAUAUAAUUUGUAUAGAACUUCAUCAGAUUUACCUGUUGUGUUGAAAGACUGGCAGCAGAACCCAAGCAGGGCUGCUGAAUCUUUGGAGCACAGUGGGAUUCUGGAAGCUGAAAUUGCAAACCAGGCAACUGAAGAAUAUCCUUCAAUUGUUGGCUCCCAGACUGAGAAUGUUCCAAAACUUGAAAAAAGUUCAACUAAAUUGGAAGGCCUGUUGGAGAAUAGAUGUUUGCCAUUUACUGAAUCUACAUGUCUUCAGUGGAGGAAUGCAUAUUCUUUGUGUUGGUUAGACUGUAUUCUCUCAGCAUUAGUGCACUUGGAAGGGUUAAAAAAAGCUGUGACUGAACUAUGCUCUAAAGAAGAAUCUGUAUUCCAGCAAUUAUAUACAAAAUAUAAUCAAGCGAGCAUCCUUUUGACAGCUCAUCAUUUAAAUGGAGCUAAAGAUGAAAGUUGUACAAAGAAUGUUUCAGAUAGACUUCGAAAGGCUGAGACUCAUCUCAAUGAAGUCAGAAACAAAAUUUUUGCUAAGCUUCAACCAAAACUUCAUUGUAAGUUAGGUAAUAUGGAAAGUCCUGUGUUUGCAUUUCCCUUGCUUCUACAAAUGGAACCUCUCAUCGAAACACUCUUCAUGUCAUCUUUUUCUUGGAACUUUGAGUGUUCUCAGUGUGGAAACAAAUAUCAACAGAGGUGUUCAAAGAAUCUGGUAACCUUCACAAAUGUAUUACCUGAGUGGCAUCCACUUGAUGCUGUCCAUUUUGGUCCAUGUAAUAAUUGUAAAAGUAACUUACAAAGAAGAAGAAUGGUCUUGGAAAAAGUAUCUUCAGUAUUCAUGCUGCACUUUGUAGAAGGCUUGCCUUCUAAUGACUUGCAGUUCUAUUCAUUUCAUUUUGAAGGCUUUUUCUACCAAAUAACUUGUGUGAUUCAAUAUCAAAUAAAUGAAAAACAUUUUAUAACAUGGAUUUUGAAUUCUGAUGGAACCUGGCUAGAAUGUGAUGAUUUAAAAGGCCCAUACUGUAAAAGAUAUGAGAGAUUUGAAGUUCCUGCUUCAGAAGUUCACAUUGUUAUCUGGGAAAGGAAAAAUUCCAAGACAAUUGAUCAAUCCAAAGUGGAGUUUCCAUGUAAAAAGAUUGAAAGUUUCAGUCUGGGCAAUUCCCAACUAGAAUCUUCAACAUUAUGCUCUGAUGGUGUUGCAGCCACUGAAAUGUUUUCAGCAUUUGAUCAGAAGAACAGCAUAAGUGCUCCAACUACCGAUUCACAAUAUACAGUAGCUACAGAUCAUGAGCACAGUUUACUUUCUGGUCUAGAAGAUUUGGUAGACAAUGACAUCAUAACAUUGACACUUACAGAAAUUCAUGUUGAUUCUGAAGGCAAUCCAAUUGAAAAUCAACCUGUGAUAGAAGAUCAGUCUGUGAUAAAAGAUGAGGAAGUUGUUGAAAUGGACACUUUGCAAAAGGAAGAAUUAGUAUUGGCUUCCUCACAAACAGCUCCAUAUAAUAGGGAAAUGCCUGUCCAAUUUCAACCUCUGCCUACAAGUAUUCUAACUCAAAAUGGCAGUAUUGAUCUGAAGUCAGAUCAGCUGAUUCCAGAAAGUACUUCAGAUACUAUCUCCAUAAAUAAUCCUGUUCAAGUGAUUACUCUUCAACAAGGAGAGAAGCCAUUACAAAUCGAAGAGACAAAAGUUAAAUUUUCUCCUAUUACCUUAGAGAAGGAUGCUGUAUCAAGUACAGUUCUUUCAACAAAAGUUGAAAAUUUUUUAUCAAAACAAAAUGUCUUAUCCCAAGAAUCUAAUGUUAAAGUAACAAAUAAUGCUGUAGGAGAUUCCCAAAAUAUUGUUCUGGGUUCCACAAAUAAUUCCUCACAGUCACAGAAAAAAAAGUUUGUAGGAAGUUGGGUUAAAGGACUACUAAACAAGGGAGUUUCUUUUAUGCCAUCUUGUGCCUCAGCUAAUGAAAGAAAAGUGCAUUUGCAGAAGACAACUGACUUGAACUCUCUGGUUAAAAGGGCAAAUAAUUUUCGGGGCUUUAAACCUAAAGGUAUAACAAAUCAAACAAACUCUCAGACACCCAAGAAAACAUCUAGGUCUGCAUGCAACGCACUUUCAGUUCCUAACUCUUCCCCAUCAAAUAUCAGUACACCUUUAAUACCUGAUAAAGUCCUCGAGGGUACAAAGGUUUUGACUAAAUCCUUGCAUAAAAAUUCUCAGCCCCUCUCUAGUGAGAUACCUCCUAAGCAUAAUUUUAAUGGAAAUGAAAAUCACAUCUCUUCAGGGACAUAUGAGAGUCAAACUCAUAAACUUCGUCUAAAACUUCUUAAAAAACUUAAGGCAAAAAAGCAAAAACUGGCCAGUCUUCAGGCUCUCCAAAUAAAUGGAAAACCUCCAAAGAAAAGUACAAAACACUUGGCUCAGGAUGGAUCUCAAAAUGAAUGUGAAUCACUGCAAGGCUUGUUAAGGGAACUCCAGGAUCGUAUUGAUGCCACAGAUAAUACACCUAAUGGUACAACACAUUCUGGUAUUUCUCUGAAUAGUAACCCAACUCAUGAAGAAUUUUUAGCAGAAUUACUGUCUUCUACUACAACUGUUGCCUCAUUAGAGCUUUCAAGGGAUAGAGAAGACGAUUAUGAGUAUUUGGAGAUGGUAGAUAACCAUAACUCAACACCUAGUGACUUUGUCUGUGACCUCUCUUCUGCAAAUUCAAGCAAACAUCUUAAUUAUAGUCCUGCAAAACAAAGUCAAUAUGAAGUUCAGAUGGACUCAUUAAUGAAUAAUUCUUCUGCUAAAACAUCAAACUUGGAAAAUCCCCUAAAGACAGAUAUUCUUGAUGAAUUUUUUUCCACUUCAGUAUUAAAUUCUUCAGCAGAUAUAGAAUAUUUACCUCAUUUUGAUGAAUAUAUGUUUGACAGUUGAAUGUUUGUCAUUUUUUUUUAGAAUUUAAUAUUCGUAUUAUUGCUUAAGAAAAAAUAUUAAAUUAUGUUUUCAAAUAAAUUGCACGCUGGCUGUGCUCAAAAUGUAAAUCAGAAA